AUGAGCUCCCGCAGAGGCGGCCGCGGUCCUCCGGCACCGAUUCUAGCAGGAGCUGUACGCUGCUACCACUGCAACCAGGAGGGCCACAUAGCCAAGGUGUGUCCGCAGAGACCUCCGCAGCUCUGCUUCAACUGCGGAAAACCAGGACACCUCAAGAGGGAGUGUCCGGAGACUCGCCGUGAACACCACGCCCCUCGCGAUGAGCGGCCAUACCGUGGGAGAGAGAAGCCCGCUCUACUUGUGGAGAUCACGGGCUCUGAAACCUCCACAACCACGGCUAGCAACGACGACCUUAGCUCACACUCCGCAGCAGCAACAACAGACGAAAGAAGAAGCGGAACCGCGUACAUGCCCCGCCCCCUUUCUCCCGGAGAAAAGCCGACGAGCACAGCAGAAGACCUGAAAUUGUCAAAGUUCAUAGACACCCACUGCCAUUUGGAGUAUGUAUUCGAAAGGUUCCGCCACCAGGGCACGUUUGCUCAGUUCACAACGCAGCACCGCUACCCCGAAAAUUUCGAGGGGUGCAUCACGACAUUUUGCGAUCCAAUGGCUUUCUCGCCGUCAUUUGGAAUCUGGCAAAGCCUCCUGCGUGAACCGAACGUCUGGGCAACGUUUGGUACACAUCCGCACAACGCCAGGUACUACCAGUCUAGCUCCCUGGAGGACAAAAUGCUCGCCGGUCUCUCGCACCCGAAAUGUGUGGCGCUGGGGGAAAUUGGACUGGACUAUGCCCCGCACUCGCCGUCGACUCCAGAAGUACAAAGGAGUGUCCUGACGCGACAACUGGAGCUGGCCGUGCAACUAGAGAAACCUGUUGUUUUGCACUGUCGCGAUGCAGAAGACGAUCUUUUUGACAUUCUCUCGUCCACAGUUCCAGCGGAGUGGAAAAUCCAUCUACACUGCUUCACCGGAGCACUAGAAAUGGCCAGAAAGUUCCUAAAGACGUUCCCCAAUCUCUACGUCGGGGUGUGCGGUAACGUAACAUACGACUCGAAUCGAGUUCGGGCCCUGGCCGCGGGGUUGCCCCUGGAGCGAUUGCUUUUAGAGACAGACGCACCGUACAUGGUGCCGCGGAACCUCCCGCAGCAUCUCCGUGGUAACAAGUUCUCCCACCCAUCGUUUGCAUUUUACACAGCGAGAGAGAUAGCUAAAAUCAGACACAUGCAUGUUGGGGACGUUUUAAAAUCACUUCGCGAAAACACAAGACUAAUGUACGGCAUAUAGUGCACC